AGAUAUUAAAGUGGCUACUACUGCUUGUUUCUUGGGUCCAUUUGCUUGGAAAGCCGUCUUCCAGCCCUUCACUCUCAGAAUCUGUCAAGUCCCCAUUCUAAAAUGUCCUUGGAAGAAAUGAAAGACCUCCAUCUUGAAGAACAGCACCUGCAGCCAGAAACCAAAGAAGUGAAUGGGAUCCUCAUGUCCAAGCUGACAAGUGAUAACUGGGACAAAAUAUGGAACUUCCAAGCAAAGCCUGAUGACCUCCUCAUUGCAACCUAUGCAAAGGCAGGUACCACCUGGACACAGGAAAUUGUAGACAUGAUCCAAAAUGAUGGGGAUGUAGAAAAGUGCCAGCGGGCCAACACCUAUAACCGUCACCCUUUCAUCGAGUGGACUUUGCCUCCACCCCUCAACUCAGGUCUGGAUCUGGCUAACAAAAUGCCUUCACCCAGAACCCUAAAGACUCACCUGCCUGUUCAGAUGGUACCACCUUCCUUCUGGAAAGAAAACUCAAAGAUUAUCUAUGUGGCCAGAAACGCCAAGGACUGCCUAGUAUCCUACUACCAUUUCUCAAGAAUGAACAGAAUGCUGCCUGACCCUGGUACCCUGGAAGAAUACAUUGAAAUAUUCAAAGAUGGAAAAGUGCUGUGGGGCUCCUGGUAUGACCACGUUAAGGGCUGGUGGGAUGUGAAAGACCAACACCGUAUUCUCUACCUCUUUUAUGAAGACAUGAAAGAGGACCCCAAGAGAGAAAUUAAGAAGAUAGUAAAAUUCCUGGAAAAAGACAUAUCAGAAGAACUUCUAAAUAAAAUCAUCUAUCACACCUCCUUCGAUGUAAUGAAGCAAAACCCAAUGGCCAACUAUACCACUCUACCCACCAGCAUCAUGGACCACUCUAUCUCCCCUUUCAUGAGGAAAGGGAUGCCUGGAGACUGGAAAAACUACUUCACUGUUGCACAAAGCGAGGAUUUUGAUGAAGACUAUAGGAAGAAGAUGGCAGGGAGCACUCUUACUUUCCGCACAGAGAUCUGAGAGCAAUAGGGCACCCUAGAUUUCCUGACUAUAUUUUUUAGCCAUUUGAGCCUUCUGUUAAAGUAUAUUUAACAGCUCCAUUCAGUUGUGUUUAUUCUUAUUGAUACCUACCAGAUAACCAUGCAUUUUCCUGAACUUAGGUGAAAUAAAUGGAACACUAUUAAUAUCCUACAGGUUUUUUCUUAGAGGCAAAAGUCAUGAAUACAGAAACAUACAUGAGAACAGGAUUUCAGCAUAAGAAAGUAAAUUUAAAAAGCAAAGAGAAUGAGAAGUAAGCACUGGGCUUAAAUUGAAGGGUAGCUAUUUUUCUUAACAAUUGUUUUUGUCUGUUGCAUGAUACUACAACAAAACAGUUUAUAAAGCAUAAAAAUAUUUCUUUCUUACUAUUUUGAAGGCUGGGUGAUUAAAGUAAAAGAACCCACAUUGGCAAGACACCCCCCUUCUCUCUUUAAUGUAGGAGUCCUCUGUCUGCUUGUAUACCUGCAUGCCAGAGAGGACACCAGAUUCCUUUAUAGAUUGUCAUGAGUUGCCAUGUGGUUGCUGAGAGUUGAACUCAGGACCUCUGGAGGAGCAGUGUUCUUAGCUGUUGAGCCACUCACGAACCAAACAAUACCCUUCUAAUUGCAUCCUCGUAUAAUGGAAUGUGGAAGGCAAAGAGGGAAGGCGAUCAAAUUCAAGCUUUUUUCAAGAACUUGUGAUAAUUCAUUCCCAUGACAAUGUUCUUACACCUUCUAACUCUGUUGCACUGGUGACUCAGUUUCUAAUACAUGAACAUUACUACAUAUUCAAAUUACAGCAGUGGUCCAAGAAUGAGACUCCAUACUCCAAGAGCCAUAGACUACCUAACAAAAACCGCAAUAUCUGGCAAAAAAAAUAUGCCUUUUGAGGUUUCAGUGUUGUCCAACAGAUCCCUAUAACCCUCAUCUUCCUCACAGAGGUAGAAGGUUAAGUCUCUACUACUGGCAACUCCAUAUAUUUUGGGCCAUUCACAAGACCCAGAAAAUCUGAGUUGGACCUGUCCCACACUCUUAGUGAUGUGGAGACUAUCAUUUUUCCUAAAGAAUGCAGGGUUAAUUUUUUCAAAUAAUAAAUGUACAUUCUACCAGCAAAGAAUGUCAUCAGAAUUUAGAUAGUCAAUGUCCCCAGCUCCAUCCAUCUUUAUACAUCAUCUCAAAUUCAAUUUACACUGUCCAUUUCUUCUGUGUUGAUGUUCUUAUUUUAACAGUAGACAACCUGUGAACUUCAUUUUCUUCAUUGUCAUUGAGUCAUUUGAACAACAACAAAAGAAAUCAAGUAUUCAGGUUUCCAUAAUACAACCUCUAUAGGUAAGAGGUUUGCAUUUAGGUUAACAAAGCUUUCAGGUAAAAUAAUGUGUAUAGUAAGGUGUUUAUAUCUUCAAACUCAUUUUAGGAGCAAGCAACCAAAUUCAUUAUUUGGAAAAAACAGUUCAAAAUAUUAUACAUAUGAUGAUCCAUACUGUCACUUUUUAGAAGUAUUUGGUUAACAUAGAUAGUGGCCAUGCUUUUCUACUGCCAGAUCUAGCCAUGUUCUACUGGUGUUCUUUUUACUAUUAUAUAGUCAUGGAUCUCAUGUCUAACAACAUUAAAGAGUUGACUUCGAACAAAUGAACUAGAAAAUUUCCCCUUCAGAUGGUUUCGUUUGAACUGCCAUCUAAAGAAGCAAUAGUACAUGUACCCAAGUAUGGAUGUAAAUGCACAAAGGAACACAGUGUCUCACACAGGAGAUAGAAAGUCCAACAUUUACAGAGUUUAUAUUACAGUUUUAGUUUAAAGGACAGCAGACUUGAUAGAAAAAAAGAGUGAAAGGCUAUGGGGAGCCGGGUGCUAUGAUGUGGCUUACUAGUAUAGGACUUGCCUAGCAGAAACAGCAUCCUGUAUUUAAUCCUGAUCACUGACUAAUCAGGUAAGGGUUAAUCAAGAUAGUGUUAGCCUUCUACAAUAGCUAAUUAUUUCAGGGAUUCAGCUGAUUGGAUAAGGUCCAUACAUAUUACAGAAGGUAAUCACUUUACUUAGUCUACCAAUUUAAAUAUUAAUUGCAUUCAGAAUCUAUCCUCACAUAAAUAGCCAAUAUUUGACCAAAUACUGAGGCACUUCAUGGUGCAGUAAAUGUACUAUAGAAAACUAACUAUAACAAGCAGCAAAGCUCAAAUAUCAAAACCACUCAUUGUUAAUAUCUUGCAUUCCAGAAACGUCUAUGUUCAUAUGGUAAGUUUAGCAAUAACCACUCCCAGAAGAGUUUGGUUGCCUCUCUGAAUUUCUAUCCUCGUUCUUUCUUCAGGAAUGUGUAUCUGUUCUGAAACUAUUUGCUCAAUGUUAAAAUAUUCCAUCCUAGUGGGAAACUAAUUAAGACAUAAGAUGCACUAACUCAAAGGACUCAGUAGUUCCUCAAACAUACCACAUGUACAACAUUCCUCUUUCCUCGGGGUUAUAUGACCAAUAACAACUGAUGAGGACACUCUCUGAACUUGUCAAAGUGCCUACAAGUUAUCCAGAGACCUUCUGAGUUACAGCAUUCAUUCAUUGUCAUACAUGCUGGUGUAGGCUUUUAGUGAUUUAGCUGUCUUUGAGUUGUUCAUGUAUCUGUAAGUAAAACCAAUAAAAUUACUGUUUCACAAAGUUGGA